AUGCAGUGCAGCGAGUCAUAUCGUCAAUUGUUCUGGCUCCGCUGCUUUGUAACAAGUGCGUGUUCGUACGAAUACGCAUGGCUGUCGCAUCGAAUUCGCUUACGUAUCCUCACGCGCCUUGACGCGCUGGAAGGCGUUUGGAACGAAGAUUCGACCGUAGCACGACUGCAAGUGCAACGACCAUCGCAGACGGAUCUCCGCUCGCGUCUGGAAGAGCAAGAGCAAGACGAAAUCGCACAUGUCGAUGACCAACUACGUCCACAAGAGGCACGGCUAAACUGCCACGCUGUGAGCGAGCUAGCAUCGCUCUAUUCCAACGACAACGACAAGCUGGCUGCUGCGUUUUUGUCGGUAGUAAUUUGUGCCGCUUCGACCACAUUGUUCCUUCUGUCAGUGGAGCACACCCAGGCACUCCAAUCUACCGAAUUCUACAAAUCUCGGUGGUUCUAUGCCAUUGCUACAAGCUUCGUCGCUGCCUUCUGUGCGUGUCUGGCACCGGAUUGGCAGUACGCGUUCACGGUGCUCGUGCAGUAUGGUGUGUUUACUGUACUCACAAUGUACUCGACAGGGUGCCCUUUAGACAACUUUAGCUGUGGGAUUGGACUGGAACCCGAAGUGGCGUUCCUUGUCGGCAUGUUGAUGCUACUUAUCUGUCGCUUGACUGCGUGUAAGAGCGGUGUGGAGGCCUUCCUAUCGUUCAUGUUGGACGUGCUAGGCCUCUUCUACAUCUCCGGAACACUGUCCGUACUCGUGGCAUUCGUGGAUGAUGAGCGUAAGGUACUAUACCGGGAGCUACUUAUCGCGUUAUUGUACAUUGUCUGGGCGUCCGAUACUGGCGCUUAUAUCACGGGUAAAGCUCUGAAAUGGGUCCAGUAUCCGUACUAUAACCCACUGGCUGCACAUAUAUCCAAGAACAAGGACUACGAAGGAACAGUGGGAGCUAUAGCCUUUGGGAUCGGAACAAUGGCUGCGGUUUCUAAAGCUCUCGAUCUGCCUGGAUCGUUCGGCUCGAAAGUUCUGUUGACAGUCGUAGCGGUGAUCACCGGACGGAUAGGAGAUUUGUUUGAGAGCCUCUUAAAGCGCGCUGCAGGUGUGAAGGACUCUGGCAAACUCAUUCCUGGCCAUGGCGGGAUGCUGGAUCGCAUCGACGCGUUGAUGUUUGCGACUUUGAUCUUCUCGCGGUACUUCAAUGUUGGAGCAUGA